GAGGACAAACCCACGCUUUCAUUCUCUACCUCCCUCCAUCUCUCCCUCUGCUUCCUGCACUCUUUCUCUCACUGCAGCGCUCUCGGUUCCACCUUCUCAUUGUGCUGGUUCUGCGGGCGGGAGGGUGUGUGUAUAUGUGUGUUUGAAUGGAGGAUGGGUGGAUUCCUGACUGAGAGGAAGGUGUGAUAUCUGAAGACACUGACAGAUGGAUGGAUGGAGAGAAAACAGAAGCAUGAUGCUGCCGUUGCCACGGUGCGUUUGCUGAGCCAGCGAUUUCUGCUUCCACACUGGUGAAACAUAGAAAGAGAGAGAGAGAAAGAGAGGGACAGUUCAUCUUGCAUGUCACUUGUCCUCCAUCGCUCAGUCCUGCUGUCUUGGAAGUGUCUCUGUGGAGACUACUGCUGAAUCUGGAUUAUUUCUUUACAAUAUUAGAAGCUGUUUGAGUGUUUGAAACUCAGGUUGAAAUCAUUUGAGAUUACUUUAUCGUCUUAAAAGCUCAUUUAUUCAUCUGGAAACUGAGGUUUAUUCUACUGGACAUAAGUUCAUCCUGUCAGAGACUCAAGCUUUACACUGCUCCAGAGAAGUUUAUCCUGUUGGAACUCAAGUUCAUUCUCCUGGACACAGUUUAAUCCUGGUGAAACUCGAGCUACACGCUGUUGCAGAGAACCUCAACCUCAGGUUCCCUCUCUUGAAGACAAUUUGAUUCAACUGGAAAAGCUUUCAUCCACUUGGAAACUUUGAAAAUUCUUUGCUGAGUCUCUUCUCGAUGCCUCUGUGGACUCAUAUUGUCUAAAUCUUUCGUCCACAUCAUGGAGCUUCAGAGCGCCACCAGCGGUCUCCCACGCCCUCUUUCCCCCGGACCUAUCUCCCCAACUUUGGACUAUGCUGGCCCCCUCUCCCCAUCGUCGGGUGGCCCAUCUCAUGCCAGCCCCGGCCGGGGUCCGAGCCCCAGUCUCAGCCCCAUCAGGGGGCCCAGCCCCGGCCCCGGAUUCUCGGGUCAGGCUGCCUUCAACUACAACCAGCUGGAAGGGAGGUUUAAACAGCUUCAAGAUGAGCGUGAAGCGGUGCAGAAGAAGACCUUCACCAAAUGGGUGAACUCUCACCUGUCCAGAGUUUCCUGCCGGAUCACUGACCUCUACAUGGACCUGAGGGACGGACGCAUGCUCAUCAAACUGCUGGAGGUCCUGUCAGGAGAGAGACUGCCCAAACCCACCAAGGGUCGGAUGCGGAUUCACUGUCUGGAGAACGUGGACAAAGCUCUGCAGUUCCUGAAGGAGCAGAGGGUCCAUCUGGAGAACAUGGGCUCCCAUGACAUCGUAGACGGAAACCACCGCCUCACCCUGGGGCUCAUCUGGACCAUCAUCCUCCGCUUCCAGAUCCAGGACAUCAGUGUGGAGACGGAGGACAACAAGGAGAAGAAGUCGGCUAAAGAUGCUCUGCUGCUCUGGUGUCAGAUGAAGACGGCAGGAUAUCCAAACGUCAACAUCCACAACUUCUCCACCAGCUGGAGGGACGGGAUGGCCUUCAACGCUCUCAUCCACAAACACAGACCGGACCUGAUCGACUUUGAUAAACUGAAGAAAUCAAACGCUCACUACAACCUGCAGAAUGCCUUCAACCUGGCCGAGCAACACCUGGGCCUCACUAAGCUGCUGGACGCAGAGGACAUCAGCGUGGACCACCCUGAUGAGAAGUCCAUCAUCACCUACGUGGUGACCUACUACCACUACUUCUCCAAGAUGAAGGCGCUGAAGGUGGAGGGAAAGAGAAUCGGCAAGGUUCUGGACAACGCCAUUGAGACAGAGAAGAUGAUUGAGAAGUACGAGUCUCUGGCGUCAGACCUGCUAGAGUGGAUCGAACAGACCAUCAUCAUCCUCAACAACAGGAAGUUUGCCAACUCUCUGGUGGGAGUCCAGCAGCAACUGCAGGCCUUCAACACUUACCGCACUGUGGAGAAACCACCAAAGUUCACAGAGAAGGGCAACCUGGAGGUUCUUCUGUUCACCAUCCAGAGUAAGAUGAGAGCCAACAACCAGAAGGUUUACACUCCCCGAGAGGGAAAACUCAUCUCUGACAUCAACAAGGCAUGGGAGCGUCUUGAGAAGGCGGAGCACGAGCGAGAGCUGGCUCUCAGGACGGAGCUGAUUCGUCAAGAGAAACUGGAGCAGCUCGCCCGACGCUUCGACCGCAAAGCCGCCAUGAGGGAGACGUGGCUGAGUGAGAACCAGAGGCUGGUCUCCCAGGAUAACUUUGGAUUUGAUCUUCAGGCCGUUGAAGCCGCUACUAAGAAACAUGAAGCCAUAGAAACAGACAUUGCAGCCUACGAGGAGCGAGUUCAGGCGGUGGUUGCCGUGGCAAAGGAGCUGGAGGCGGAGAGUUACCAUGACAUCAAACGCAUCACGGCCAGGAAGGACAACGUGAUCCGGCUGUGGGAGUACCUGCUGGAGCUGCUGAAGGCCCGCAGGCAGAGACUGGAGAUGAACCUGGGCCUGCAGAGAGUCUUCCAGGAGAUGCUCUACAUCAUGGACUGGAUGGACGAGAUGAAGAUGCUGUUGCUCUCUCAGGAUUAUGGGAAACACCUGCUGGGUGUGGAGGACCUGCUGCAGAAACACGCUCUGGUGGAGGCAGACAUCAGCAUCCAGGCCGACCGAGUCCGAAACGUCAACAGCAACGCUCAGAAGUUUGCCGAUGAAAUGGAGGGUGAGACAGACGGUUAUAAACCCUGUGAUCCUCAGAUCAUCAGGGAUCGAGUCGCUCACAUGGACUUCUGUUACCAGGAACUGAGUCAGCUGGCGGCUGAGCGCCGAGCUCGCCUCGAGGAGUCCCGCCGCCUCUGGAAGUUCUUCUGGGAAAUGGCAGAAGAGGAGGGCUGGAUCAGGGAGAAAGAGCAGAUCCUGUCGUCCGAGGAUUAUGGGAAGGAUCUGACGGGAGCGUUGCGGCUGCUGAGUCAGCACAAAGCCUUCGAAGAUGAGAUGAGCGGGCGUGCCGGCCACCUCCAGCAAACCAUAAAACAGGGCGACGAGCUGGUGGCCAACAAACACUUCGGAGCUGACAAGAUUAAAGAACGAAUCCAAGACAACAAGGAGCAGUGGGCGGCUCUGGAGCGUCUUUCUGCCGUCCGCAAAGCUCGUCUGCAGGAGGCCUGCAACCAGCACCAGUUCCAGGCCGAUGCCGACGACAUCGACACGUGGAUGCUGGACGUGCUGCGGAUCGUCUCCAGCGUGGACGUCGGCCACGACGAGUUCUCCACUCAGGCUCUAGUGAAGAAGCACAAGGAUGUGGCCGAGGAGAUCGGCAGCUACCGGCCCGUCAUCGACGCUCUACAUGAACAGUCUCGCACGCUGCCGCCCGAGAAGGCCAACUCUGAGGAGGUUCAGAGCAGACUGGCGGGCAUCGAGGAGCGUUAUAAGGAGGUGGUGGAGCUGACGCGGCUCAGGAAACAGGCACUGCAGGACGCGCUGGCUCUCUACAAGAUGCUGAGCGAAGCAAACGCCUGCGAGGUGUGGAUCGACGAGAAGGAGCAGUGGCUCAACAGCAUGGAGAUCCCAGAGAAACUGGAGGACCUGGAGGUCGUCCAGCACCGGUUCGAGAGUUUGGAGCCGGAGAUGAACAACCAGGCGUCUCGGGUUGCCGUGGUGAACCAGGUUGCCAGGCAACUGAUCCACAGUGGACAUCCCAGCGAGAAGGAGAUCAAAGCCCAGCAAGACAAACUCAACACCAGGUGGAGCCAGUUCAGAGAUCUGGUGGACCAGAAGAAAGACAGUCUGAGUUCAGCUCUGGGUGUCCAGAACUACCACCUGGAGUGUAAUGAGACCAAGUCCUGGAUCAAAGAGAAGACCAAGGUUAUUGAGUCGACCCAGGAGCUUGGGAACGACCUGGCUGGUGUCAUGGCUCUGCAGAGGAAGCUGACAGGGAUGGAGCGCGACCUGGCUGCCAUCGAAGACAAGCUGUCCGACCUGGGAAAAGAGGCGGACCGUUUGGCCUCAGAACACCCGGAGCAGUCUGAGGCCAUCAAGGGACGUCUAGCCGAGAUCACCGGUGUCUGGGACGAGAUGAAGGACACCAUGAAGAACCGAGAGGAGUCCCUCGGUGAGGCCAGCAAACUGCAGCAGUUCCUGCGCGAAGUGGACGACUUCCAGUCUUGGCUGUCACGGACGCAGACAGCAAUCGCCUCCGAGGACAUGCCCAACACACUGGCCGAGGCCGAGAAGCUGCUGGCCCAGCAUGAGGGCAUCAAGAACGAGAUCCGCAACUACGAGGAGGACUAUCAGAAGAUGCGGGACAUGGGAGAGAUGGUGACGCAGGGCCAGACUGACGCGCAGUACAUGUUCCUGCGACAGCGACUGCAGGCACUUGACACCGGCUGGAAUGAGCUGCACAAGAUGUGGGAGAACCGGCAGAACCUGCUGUCCCAGUCCCACGCUUACCAGCUGUUCCUCAGAGACACCAAGCAGGCUGAGGCCUUCCUCAACAACCAGGAGUAUGUCCUGGCUCACACUGAGAUGCCCACCACUCUGGAGGGUGCUGAGGCUGCCAUCAAGAAGCAGGAAGACUUCAUGACCACCAUGGACGCCAACGAGGAGAAGAUCAGCGGUGUGGUUGACACCGGCCGGCGCCUGGUAACCGACGGCAACAUCAACGCCGAGCGCAUACAGGAGAAGGUGGACUCCAUCGACCAGAGGCACAAGAAGAACCGAGCAGCUGCCAAUGACCUGCUGACCCGGCUGAAGGACAACAGAGACCUGCAGAAGUUCCUGCAGGACUGCCAGGAGCUGUCCCUGUGGAUCAAUGAGAAGAUGCUGACGGCUCAAGACAUGACGUACGACGAGGCCAGGAACCUCCACAGCAAGUGGCUCAAACACCAGGCCUUCAUGGCCGAACUGCAGUCCAACAAGGAGUGGCUGGAUAAGAUUGACAAGGACGGGAAGACACUGAUGGCAGAGAAACCGGAGACAGAGGCCAUGGUUAAAGAGAAGUUGGCAUCCCUGAAGACAAUGUGGGAGGACCUGGAGUCGACCACCCAGACCAAGGCCAAGUGUCUGUUUGAUGCCAACAAGGCUGAGCUGUUCACCCAGAGCUGCGCUGACCUCGACAAGUGGCUGGCCGGCCUGGACGGACAGCUACAGUCCGACGACUACGGCAAAGACCUAACGUCUGUCAACAUCCUGCUCAAGAAACAGCAGAUCCUGGAGAGCCAGGUGGAGCUGCGUCAGAAGGAGGUGGGGGAGCUGCAGAGCCAGUCGCAGGCCCUCAGCCAGGAGGGGAAAGGCUCCGAGGAGGUGGACGGCCAGAGGAUCAGUGUGGAGAGGAAGUUCCAUUGCCUCCAGGAACCACUGAAGAAGAGACGAGAGAACCUCAUGGCCUCCCGCGAGAUCCACCAGUUCAACAGGGACGUGGAGGACGAGAUCCUCUGGGUUGAGGAGAGGAUGCCUCUGGCAACAUCAACCGACCACGGACACAACCUACAGACUGUACAGCUGCUCAUCAAGAAGAACCAGACCCUGCAGAAGGAGAUCCAGGGCCAUCAGCCGCGCUACGACGACAUCUUCGAGCGCAGCCAGCACGUCCUGAGGGAGGACAGCCCGACAGCGGAGCUGAUUCGCCAGCGGCUCGCCGAGCUCCAGUCGCUGUGGGAACAGAUCAAGAAGGAGACAGAAAAGCGUCACGCCCGCCUCAGUGAGGCCCACGAGGCCCAGCAGUACUACUUCGAUGCUGCAGAGGCUGAAGCCUGGAUGAGUGAACAGGAGCUCUACAUGAUGUCAGAGGAGAAGGCCAAGGAUGAGCAGAGUUCUGUGGCCAUGCUGAAGAAGCAUCAGAUUCUGGAGCAGGCGGUGGAGGAUUACGCCGACACCGUCCACCAGCUGUCCAGCACCAGCCGGGGCCUGGUGGCUGCCGGACACCCCGACAGCGAGCGUAUCGGGAUGCGUCAGUCUCAGGUGGAUAAGCUGUACGCUGGGCUCAAGGAUUUGUCGGAGGAGCGCCGGGGGAAGCUGGAUGAGCGUUUCCGUCUCUUCCAGCUCAACCGGGAGGUGGACGACCUGGAGCAGUGGAUCGCUGAGAGGGAGGUGGUGGCCGGAUCCCACGAGCUUGGACAGGACUACGAACACGUCACCAUGCUGCAGGAGCGUUUCAGAGAAUUUGCCCGUGACACUGGGAACAUUGGCCAGGAGCGCGUGGACACCGUCAACCGGCAGGCAGAUGAGCUGAUCAACACCGGCCACGGCGACGCGGCCACCAUCGCAGAGUGGAAGGACGGCCUGAACGAGGCCUGGGCCGACCUGCUGGAGCUCAUCGACACCCGAACACAGAUCCUCGCCGCCUCCUUCGAACUCCACAAGUUCUACCACGACGCCAAGGAGAUCCUCAACCGCAUCCUGGACAAACACAAGAAGCUACCUGAGGAGCUGGGCCGGGACCAGAACACAGUGGAGACCCUGCAGAGGAUGCACACCACCUUCGAACACGACAUUCAGGCACUGGGAACACAGGUGCGGCAGCUUCAGGAAGAUGCGGUUCGCCUGCAGUCCGCUUAUGCUGGAGAUAAAGCUGAUGACAUUCAGAAGAGAGAAGGAGAGAGAAGAAAGGGAGAGGUCCUCGAGGCCUGGAAGAACCUGCUGGAGGCGGCGGAGGGCCGCCGAGUGAAGCUGGUCGACACUGGAGACAAGUUCCGCUUCUUCAGCAUGGUGCGGGACCUAAUGCUGUGGAUGGAGGACGUCAUCCGCCUGAUCGAGGCCCAGGAGAAUCCCAGGGACGUGUCAUCAGUGGAGCUGCUGAUGAACAACCACCAGGGCAUCAAGGCGGAGAUCGAUGCCCGCAAUGACAGCUUCACCGCCUGCAUCGAGCUGGGCAAAGCCCUGCUGGCCAGAAAGCACUACGCUUCAGAGGAGAUUAAAGAAAAGUUGUUACAGUUGACAGACAAGAGGAAAGACAUGAUUGACAAGUGGGAGGACAGAUGGGAGUGGCUUAGACUGGUCCUGGAGGUGCACCAGUUCUCCCGGGAUGCAGGUGUGGCCGAGGCGUGGCUGCUGGGUCAGGAGCCCUACCUGUCCAGCAGAGAGAUGGGCCAGAACGUGGACGAGGUGGAGAAACUCAUCAAACGCCACGAGGCCUUCGAGAAGUCAGCCGCCACCUGGGAGGAACGAUUCGCCGCUCUGGAGAGGCUGACCACGAUGGAGUUAUUGGAAGUGAGAAGAGCGCAAGAGGAAGAAGAGAAGAAGAGACAACCCCCGCCCACUGAGGCUCAGCCGGGCGACGCUGCAGCUCAGCAAAGGGAGGGUGAGCCGGUGUCUCAGAACGGGCUGCCGUCUGAUCAGGAGUCUCCCAGGGAUAACGUUGAAGGGGGUGAGGUGGUGAAUGGGGUGUCGGAGCCCAGCCCUGCCGGGUCUCCCGGUGCUUCCCGGAAGGGCAAGGCCAGCCAGGCUGCAACCCUACCGGCCAAGACCCAGCCGGACGCCCCCACGUCCCAGCUGGAGGGGUUCCUGCACCGCAAACACGAGUGGGAGGGGCAUAACAAGAAGGCUUCAAGCAGGUCGUGGCACAAUGUGUACUGUGUGAUCAAUCAGCAGGAGAUGGGUUUCUACAAGGAUCAGAAGAGCGCCAGUCAGGGCAUUCCCUACCACAGUGAGAUUCCAGUCAGCCUGAAGGACGCCGUCUGCGAGGUGGCGCUGGACUACAAGAAGAAGAAACACGUCUUCAAGCUCAAGAUUACUGACGGGAAUGAGUAUCUCUUCCAAGCCAAAGAUGAUGAGGAGAUGAACAUGUGGAUCUCGGCCAUCUCGGCCGCCAUGUCGGGCGACAAGUCAGAGGUCACUCCCAGCAGUCAUAGCACGCCUGCCCCCGCCGCACGCGCUCAGACGCUGCCGGCCUCCGUUGCCACGGCCACGACGGCGGCCGAGUCCAGCCCGGGCAAACGAGAGAAAGACAAGGAGAAACGCUUCAGUCUGUUCAGCAAGAAGAAAUAGACACUCCUCCUUCCCUCCUCCUCCUCUUCCUCCUCUUCCCCUCUGGUGCUGUUUGGGGUCGCUCCUCAUUAUCGAUCCACCUCCGGUCAAAUAUUUGUUGAAGAUGUCCACGUCAACUGACCGAAUUAUCGGUUUAGAGUCAGCUUGUAGCAACUGAUACUGUAAUAACUAAAAACUAAUAGCUCUAAAUGUAAUUCAACUUAUUUCUAAAUGGACUUAAAUUAACUGUUAAUAUCCUAAAUGUAAUAACAUCAAAUCAUAACAAUGUAAUUCGAUGAGCAAAAACAGUCUUCAUCACCAGUUUUUAUUAACAUUUAACUCAUCUAAAGAUGUGGACAGUUCCUACAGUAUCCCGCAGUUGCUAUGUAAGAUAAAACAAUCCCAAACAGCCAGUCUUUCUCUUCCUUCUAUUCUUUCUUCCUCUUCCUCCUCUUCCUCUCAAAGCGUGACUCCAGCAUGCAAGCUCCGAGCCAAAACUCUCCACUCUGUGCCUAUCAACCGUCCGGUCUGGCUCAGAGCUACAGUACAGCUACAACACACCACCUGUAUCCUCUGUUCAGUUUUUGUAAGAUAAGGAGCAGGAAAAACAAAUAAAAAAAAGAUCGGGUUGAAGGAAAAAAAUAAUAAUUAAAUGGGGUCUGCAAACGCUUCAGGCAGCUGCUGUCAUAAAAAUAAAAACCAGAGUUUGCCGCUGAACAACAACACGAUGUAGAGGAGUUCCCAGAAUAUUCCUGUUUAUUCUUCUUAUUGCUAUUAUUUGUGUUUUCUAUCUACUGUUUUUGUUUUUCUUCUCUGCUUUCUCUCAUCCCAGUUUUUCGUCAACUACUGCCUUUUGUGGGUUGUGUUUACGCUCCCGAGUCGUUUUUUUUUUUUAGGAAGUUGUAGGUAGUUCCUGUUAGGGUCCAUCCUCAGUUUUUGCGAGGCCUUGUCUUUGCAAGAUGACGUGUAUCCCUCUGUAGUGGGGAAAACUGAGACCACAGCGGGGUAAAUCUCGGAAAUUACACCUCUCACAUGUUUGUAAAUUGAGCUGAAAUGUCUAAAACUGUGGGAAAGUACAAAAAGUACAGAAUGGUGUUGUGAAAGUGCUAAAUGUAAAACAUUCUGUGUUGAAGAGCAGAAAACCCCGAGCGCGCUGUGUGUUCUGGAAAACUAAACACAUUUUGUGCACUGAAUAAUUCUGCUUUUCUGUUGGUUACAUUUGCGCAAUAAACCUGUGAAAAGCAAAUUAUCUUCAUUAUGUUAAGUUCUGGUGCUGUCUAAUUCCUGCAGCAUCACAGAAAGUACAGAAAGUGGUUGUAAUUUGGAGCGUUACCCUGCGGUGCUUUGAACUGUAUGUAUAACUUGUGUAUAACAAACUGUUAAAAAAUAAACCUGUGUUUAAUUUCACCUAUUAUUAUAAUUAUUAUUACUACUAAUAAGACCUACCACCCGUUAUAAGCUUCAUUUGAGUAUAACUUUCUGUACCUGAAAAGCUAACGAUAUGUACACUUAACAAAUCUGAAUGAAGGAGCUAUCGAGUCGGCGCAAACUCGAUGGAUGAAUAAAUAACUAAGACCAGUAAGAAUGUUUGUUAAUUCAAACUUAAAAGCAUCCAGUAAGUUUUAUUUUCCACUCGUUCCGUUUUUGAAACAUUUAUUUCUGCCCUUAGUUAUUUGGAAUAUGUUUUUGUUUCCUCCAGUAUGUAUUUUCUGUUCCACAGUUAAGCUAUGUCUAAGGUUUAUUUAGUCUGACAAGUAUGGAGACGUAGAUGUACUAUAAAAACAAAAUUACUUUAAGCAUUGCUGUUAAGUGGACAAGUUGGUUCUAAAAAGCAUUUACUGGAAGUGAGUAAUGUUGCAGAAUAAUGGUCGCUUGCUUGUUGGCUUCAGCACUCAAUUUUUUUUUAAGAAUUCAGACUUUUGCCGCCGGUGACCUCACAGUGAAAUCUGUUGAGUUACUUGUCCUAUAUGGAAGUUCUUAAAUGACAAAAUUAACUGAAGAAAUUUGAGCUGUAAUCAAUCUGCAAGUCGAGAUUUGAGAGCAUGUAAGCAUGACAGUUUCUAAUUAUGACUUGUCAAUGUUUUGAGACUUUACAGACUUCAAGUCGCAUGUAAUCUUAAAAUUUGCAUGCUGUAGUCUUGGUAGUUUGUUUACCUUGUGUGCCAAAACUAUGAAACACUGAAUUUUGAUAUUUGAGCCAAUAGCACCUUCUAAUGCCAAAAUAUCUAAUAGAGUUUCAAAACAUAAAAGAAGCUGGUUUCGGGGAUUCAUGGCACUAUUGAGCACUCAAAAGCUAGGCAGACACUAGAUAUAGGGUGAAGCCCAAAUUUAACCCUGAAUUUGUAAUUACCACCUAAAAUUACCAAAGGAUUUUUUUUUAUUAUUGAUAAUUUUAUAAUCAGGCCAAAUUUUCACCAUAUAUGAUAAUUGAUGGUGUGGCUGUUAGACGAUUGGAUGGAUUUCAUAAUCAUGUCAAAUAUGAGAUUAUAACAGCCUGAAUUGGAUGUAUGCUAUGGAAGCAUGUUUUCACAUUUUAAAAAAAUCUGCCAAAACAGCUGCCGGAAAAUAUUAAUUUACAUUCCAAGCUGAACUACAAAUCCCAACUUUAAAAACCUGCUUGAUUAAAGCUUGAAUUUGUUUUGUGCUCACAUUAAAUUUUGUCAUUAAUGAACCUCCGUACAUACCAGGAAAAGUGGGAGCAAAACAGCAGGAAUGAGCCCUAAAGUGUACAAGUUUAUUUUUCCACAGCUGGUGGUGGGGUUGGUUGGGUGGGACACGGGCUUUACAUUGUUGAAACACUUCAAGUAACUCUUCACUUGGUGAUUGGUCCUGAAAUGGUUCCUGUUUUUUUCUUUGUUUUUGCUACAUUCUCUGGCAAUUUGAUGAAUAUAGUGUGCAUUCCUCUGUCACUGUAACCAUAGUAACGAGAUAUUUCUUCAUGCACAAUCAACAAUGCCACGAUGGGGGUGGGCGGGGCUGGGAUUUGUAGGUGGUAGUCAAUGUGAUGUGGACCAGGGGUCACUGCUAGUUGGAUCUGCACCCGUAGACUUCUCCCCAUCUCUGUUACAUAUGUGCAAAAAGCCAUUAAAAUGCUUUUAAAAUGAA